AUGAGCCUUUUUCGUCUUUGUUACACCUUUGUACGGCAACCUUUGUCAAUUCGACAGGUUUCCUUACCUCGCACGUUGGUAAGCCAUGGAUUUGCCAUUCUUAAGACAAAACCUGCUAAAGUAGAGAUUCCGAAGCACCCUCCAAAUUCGUUCAUGUUGUUUGUGAACGCGAACCGCUCUCUCACUCAGAGCGAAUACCCGGACAAGAAACCUAAAGAAAUCAUGUCACUUUUGUCCGAUAAGUGGAGGAAAAUGUCUGAAGACGAAAAGGCUCCGUACAAGAAUGCUUAUGCUUCAAGGAUGAAAGAAUACAACGCGCCAUUGGCAAAGAUCCCCAAGAAACCCCCGGGCGUGUUUGGUUUGUUUUUGAAGGAGAAGUAUUCCGAAGUUGAAUCCAAUAAUCCUGGUGUUAAAACCCCAGAAAUUAUGUCUGCUAUAUCCGAUGAGUGGAAUGGUCUUUCAGAUUCGGAGAAAGAACAAUGGCAAGAGAAACGGGAGAUACUAAUGCAGCAGUACAAGGAGCAAGUGAUGAACUUCGGGCAUGGAAUGUCCGCGGAGGAGCGCGCUUUCAUCGAGAAAAAGCGAGGCGCAUUGGUACACAAAAUCGAGAAAGAAAAAAAAAUGCUGUUAGGGUACCCUAAAAGGCCGCUUUCAGCUUUUAUUCUUUUCUCCCAAAAGAACGCCGAAGCGGAGGGUGUGGCAAACCUUCCUGUAGCUGAACGAGCGAAAAUAAUGGGGCGCAAAUGGCGCGAAUUGUCCUCAGUAGAGAAGGAGGUGUACUUUGAGGAAAGCCGCAAAGGACGUGAAAAGUUUCAAAAGGAUGUAGCAGAGUGGAAGGAAAACAACCCAGAAGAUGCAUAA